AUGUUGCACCUUGUGGGUCUAGGACUUGCUGAUGAGAAGGACAUUACUGUCCGGGGGUUGGAGAUUGUUAAAAAGGCCGAUCGGGUGUAUCUAGAGGCAUACACGGCUAUCUUGUUGGUGGACAAGGAGAAGCUUGAAGCGUUCUAUGGUCGCCCUGUUAUCGAGGCUGACCGUGAACUUGUGGAAACCGGCAGCGAUGAGAUCCUUGCUGGAGCCGACAAGGCCGAUGUUGCCUUCCUAGUUGUCGGUGAUCCAUUUGGCGCAACAACCCACACCGACCUCGUCCUCCGCGCCCGCGAGCUCAACAUCCCCACAAACGUCGUACCCAACGCCUCCAUCAUGUCCGGCAUCGGCUGCACAGGCCUCCAACUCUACAACUUCGGCCAAACAGUCAGCAUGGUCUUCUUCACCGAAAACUGGAAACCCUCCUCCUUCUACGACAAAGUGCGCGAGAACGUGCAAAUCGGCCUGCACACGCUCGUCCUGCUCGACAUCAAGGUCAAAGAACAGUCUAUGGAGAAUCUCGCCCGUGGACGUCGCAUUUUCGAACCCCCGCGUUACAUGACCGUUGCGCAAUGCGCGGCCCAGAUGCUGGAGACGGAGGAGACGCGCCAGGAGGGUGUUUAUACAGCUGAUAGUUUGGCUAUUGGUGCGGCGAGAGUGGGUGCUCCGGAUCAGAAGCUUGUUGUUGGUACUUUGAAGGAGUUGAGUACGGUGGAGAUGGGGGCUCCGCUGCAUAGUCUUGUGUUGUUGGGUCGGAGGACCCAUGAUUUGGAGAGGGAUUAUAUUCGGCAGUUUGCGGUGAAUGGGGAGACUUUUGAUGCUAGUUAUGCGAAAGGGUACGGUGCUUCCUCGUAA